GCUUAUAUAGGUAUGGUUGAGGAUCCAGAACGUUCCCUUACAUCACAACAGAUUCUAUUUAUACAUUGAUUCAGGGAUGGCUCAGCAUGACACAGCUACUUCUAGAACAUUCUUGAAGGUCACACAACAGACCUUAUCUAAUUCUUCCUGCAGCAACAUCGCAGCAAUGGUGGUUCCAAAUCGAGAUCUCCCGAAACGCCUUCCAUUGCUCAUCCUCAAAGACAAAGUCCUUUUACCGGGCUCGUCCAUGAGGAUUGCUGUACGAGACAAUGCCAGCCUUCGUAUGAUCGAUACAAGACUUCUUCGAAAAGACACCCUAAGCAGUGUGAUCAUAGGUGUGGUACCACGACGAUCAGAGAAAGAGGAUGAAGAAUCAUUGUUACAUGCCUUUGGAACAGCAUCUGUAGUAGUUCAGGUAACAGGUACCAACUGGCCAAAGCCCCUGUACACCCUGCUAGUUACUGGAUUGUGCAGAUUUAGAAUUGAUAAAAUAGUCAUGGAGGAACCUUAUUUGAUAUCAGAGGUGACACAGUUGGACAGGCCCUCCGAACAAGAGGCAGAAAUAAGGAAAAAUGCUGAUUUAACAAUGCUAGCUGAAGAGUUUCGACUGUGUUCAAAUGAGUUGGUGGACAUGUUGGAUGGGAGAGUACCAUUUGUUUCCAGGCUAAAGGACAUGUUGAGUGGAAUACCAGAUGGGAGUCUUCCUGACACGUUGGCAUCCAUUGUAAAAGCCUCUUACUUAGAGAAACUAGAGAUCCUGAAUACAGUAGAUUUGAUUGAAAGGUUCAAGAAAUCUCUUCUUUUGCUACGGAGACAAAAAGAGGGAAUGAGAGGUAGCCACCCGCUGAAGGGUGGUUCAGAAUUUAACAGAAGGAUGUGGAAAAAUAAUACAAAGCGUGGCAGCAUACUCAUUUCUAAGGAACCCAAAAGGAUUUCCAAAGGUUUAGAUGAUGAUGACGACAAUAAUGAUGAAGAUGACGUGGAGGAACUUGAAAGGAAAAUUAGGUCUGCUGACCUUCCAGAACAUGCUUUCAAAGUAGCUAUGAAGGAGUUGAAGCGCUUGAAGAAGAUGCCCCCACAGUUCCCAGAGCAUGCUACAGCAAGAAAUUAUCUGGAGUGGAUGGUUGACCUCCCAUGGAGCAAAGAAACUACCGACAAGUUAGACAUAUCCCAAGCAAGAGCGGAUCUGGAUCAUGACCAUUAUGGCUUGGAGAAACUGAAGAAGAGAGUCAUUGAGUAUCUGGCUGUUCGAAAAUUGAAAAACAGUUUGAAAGGUCCUAUUUUAUGCUUUGUUGGUCCCCCUGGGGUUGGAAAGACAAGUGUUGGAAGAUCUAUUGCAAACACUCUUGGCAGAGAAUUUCAGAGAAUAUCACUUGGUGGAAUUUGUGACCAGUCAGAUAUCAGAGGACAUCGGCGAACAUACAUAGGAUCAAUGCCUGGAAGGAUCUUAAAUGCCUUGAAAACGGUUGGAGCAAAGAAUCCUGUUAUCUUGUUGGAUGAAGUGGACAAGAUGGGCAAGAGUCUUCAUGGUGACCCCGCUGCUGCCCUAUUGGAAGUGUUGGACCCUGAACAGAAUUGGACAUUUGUAGACCACUACCUCAAUAUUCCAUUUGAUCUUUCACAAGUUCUGUUUAUAGCCACUGCAAAUACUGUUAGCACAAUACCUCCUGCUUUGCUUGAUCGAAUGGAGUUGAUCAUGGUUCCAGGUUACACUCAGGAAGAGAAGAUCGCUAUUACUAAGCGGCAUCUUUUGCCAAAACAGCUGAAGGAACAUGGACUUGCUGAACAAGACAUGGAAUUUCCUGAGGAUUCUAUGAAGGCAAUAAUCUCUAAUUACACCCGGGAAGCUGGAGUGAGGUCACUGGAGCGCAAGAUUGGUGGCGUGUGUCGGGCUGUGGCUGUGCAGGUAGCUGAAGCAACGAGAGGUGCUUCAGGGCAAGCUGAAGAAAGUAGCGGACAAGAAUCCAAAGAAGGGGAAGCCGAAAAACCCAAGAGCGAAACUGAUAAACCCGCUGACCGAGAGGCGUUUUUGAUCACUGAGAAAUUCUUGACUGAAGCAUUAGGGCCUCCUGUAUUUGAAUCUGAAGUGGCUCAAAGACUGUCAACUCCAGGCGUGGCAGUAGGUUUGGCGUGGACAGCAAUGGGUGGUGAAAUCAUGUUUGUGGAGGCGACGCGAAUGGGAGGAGAGGGAAAAAUCACUUUGACUGGACAGCUGGGGGAUGUCAUGAAAGAAUCCGCACAGUUGGCGUUGAGCUGGCUUAGAAGUCGCUCAACUGAGUACUGUCUGACAUCAGAGGACGGCGUGGAUCUACUUGAGCGCACAGAUGUACAUAUUCAUUUCCCAGCAGGCGCCGUUGGCAAAGACGGCCCAUCAGCUGGAGUUACCAUUGUUACUGUUCUUGUAUCGCUUUUCAGCGGCCGAUGUACCCGUUCAGACACAGCCAUGACCGGAGAAAUAACCUUGAGGGGGCUUGUUUUACCGGUUGGUGGAAUCAAGGAAAAAGUGUUGGCUGCCCACAGGGCUGGACUAAAGAGGGUGAUACUACCGAAAAGAAACGAAAAGGAUCUUUCAGAGCUGCCGGAUAACGUGAAGGAUGAGAUGAACUUUAUCUUGGUCAACCGGGUAGAGGAUGUUUUACGCGCUGCGUUUGAUGAUGAAUCUCCAGGAAUGGCACAAGCUAUCAGUAGCAAGCUAUAGAGAUUACUUGUUACCGCAAAACUUUUAAGACAGUUCGUAGGCAACAUCGUAAAAACCUAACUUGCCUAGCACUGAGAUGGCAGGAUUCAAAGGAGAAUUGAUUCUUGCGAAAGGACUGGUUUUAACUUGGGCUGAACUUGAAAGUUCCGUAAUGUUUCAAAACCAUCAAUAACCCUUAACCCCUAAGAGUGACUGCCAUCAUAUUUCUCCAUGCCAGAUCUCAAUCAAACCCGAAGGUCAUGAGAAUAAAAGAAAUGAUCGGUAAUUAAUGAAGCUCUUAAUUGUUUGAAAAUUUUUCCUAGUUAACACCACAGGAAAUGUGCAGAGAAAAGUGUGGAGUAUAUGCAUACUGAUGUUACGGUGUAAAGGCUUAAUGAGAUACAAAACCACGGUUUAAUUAGCAUUGUGAUUAAUGUUUUUGCAUAGUGAGGGUUGUUCAUGUUGUGUAGAAUCUGUGAAUUCGUUUUGUCCCUUUCUGUUUGGAUUGAUGAUCACAAAAACUGAAUCAAAAUAAACCAUAAAAAAGCAAACAAAAACUUGAAAAGGAUUCAUGUUAUAAAAAUAAUGAUAUUGAUAGUGUUUUCAGGUUAAGAAAGAAGUAGAGAAAUAUAGAUUGUUUUCGCUGAAAUACCAGUUUCAGACUCUUGAAACACAAGAUCUUAAAAGUGCAUGAUUUCACUAGAAAUGCAGUUUAUAAAAAUUAUUUAUUGAUCGACGUUUUUUACAAGAAAGAAUUCAUGUCGAGGUUUUUCCGUUUUCUUUUGCGUGGCUAAUACUGAGACAGUUCACAGGUGCACCUAUUGGCUUCACUAUCUUCAAUUCACAACAAGCCAAGCGUAAUGAAAAGUGCAGUAUACUUAAAGAACAACCUCUCUUCUCAGCUGAAUUCAUGAGGGUUGAUAAAGUGAGUUUGUGUAAUCCUUUCGUUAUAAGUUAAUGAGUCUAUCACUGAGAAGAUCAAUAAAAAACAGUUGUGAACACCUAUUCAUAUA